CUUCCUGAUGACUUUAAGUGUUUCAAAGCCAGAAGUAGAUUCACCAUUUCUCAAAACGUUCAAGUCUCCUAAAGCUUGGUUUGCUUUAUAACAACCCAUGCUUAUGACUGCUCUUUUACGUAAUUUGUCAAAGUAGGCUACUGGACUAUUGGAUGAUAAACAAUGCUCCACCUGAAGUUUAUCAAGAAGAAAAUGGCUGGGAAGAAGUUGAUUACAGCGAGGUUAAACUCCCUGAUGUUCGUCAGAUUCAAAUACUUGGUCAUGGUUCUUAUGGGACAGUUUAUAAGUGCACUUUUAAGGGUUGUUAACUUUUACCUAUUAAGGACUGAUUAAGUUUAACCAUUUAAGGGUCGUCAAGUUGCAGUUAAAAUUGCAAAUAAUUCAAACGAUCUUAUUUGUAGGUAGAGGCUAAACAUCUGCAUAGUUUUUGUCACCCAAACAUAGUCAACCUUUAUGCACUCUUUCGUGGCGAGUUUUGUGGCAUUGUGAUUGAAUUAAUGGAAGGUGGAUCACUGGAUGAAUCAUUAUCAUAUUUACAUUCAAACAACUUUAUUCAUUGUGAUAUAAAACCAGCAAAGUAACUUUUUUUAUUUUAUUUUUUAAAUAUUGAUUUUAAAGCAUGCUUCUCUCAAAGAACUACAAAACAUUAAAAUUAUGUGAUUUUGGAACUGUUGCUAAUAAAAAUGGUAAUUUAUGUGAUAACAAAGGCUUUGCUGCUUGGAUGGCACCAAAGUUAUACCCAUAAAUCUGACAUUUAUUCUCUUGGAAUUUCUAUUUGGGAGAUGGCUUUUCAUUUAAUGUGUACAUUGGUUAUAC